UAUUAUUCUGUAUUCUUAAUUUCGAUUUAAUUAUUUCCGUAAUUGGUAUUAUUGUCGUCUAAUUUUCCAUUUAUUUGCCUAUAUAACUCCCCGCGCCCUCCCCCACUCCUUUUCACAAUACAGGAGUGAUUCGGAGAGAUGGGUUUGUGCAGAUCAUCCUCAUCAAUGGCCGUCUUUCUGUUCUUGCUGUUGGGGUUGGCGUCGGCGCACGACAUGUCGAUCAUCGGCUACGACGAGACCCAUGGAGACAAAUCGAGUUGGAGGACGGAUGAGGAUGUGAUGGUUGUGUACGAGGCCUGGCUUGCAAAGCACGGCAAAUCGUACAACGCUUUGGGGGAGAAGGAGAGAAGGUUUCAGAUCUUUAAGGACAACCUCAGGUUCAUCGAUGAACACAACGCCGAGAACCGGACCUAUAAGGUUGGUUUGAACCGGUUUGCUGACUUGACAAAUGAGGAGUACCGGUCUAUGUAUUUGGGUACAAGGACUGCUGCUAAGCGGAGGUCUUCCAACAAGAUUAGCGAUCGUUACGCUUUUCGUGUCGGCGAUUCCUUGCCGGAGUCCGUUGAUUGGAGAAAGAAAGGUGCUGUCGUUGAAGUCAAAGACCAAGGAAGUUGCGGGAGCUGCUGGGCAUUCUCUACAAUUGCUGCUGUGGAAGGGAUUAACAAGAUUGUGACUGGUGGUCUGAUAUCACUAUCAGAGCAGGAGCUGGUGGACUGUGAUACAUCAUAUAAUGAAGGAUGCAAUGGGGGACUUAUGGACUAUGCCUUUGAGUUCAUUAUCAACAACGGAGGCAUUGACUCUGAAGAAGAUUACCCCUACAAAGCUUCCGAUGGCAGAUGUGACCAGUACAGGAAAAAUGCCAAGGUUGUUACAAUCGAUGGGUAUGAAGAUGUUCCUGAGAAUGAUGAGAAGUCACUUGAAAAGGCAGUGGCAAAUCAACCAGUGAGCGUUGCCAUUGAAGCAGGUGGCAGGGAAUUCCAACUCUACCAAUCGGGUAUAUUUACUGGAAGAUGUGGGACAGCACUGGACCAUGGUGUUACUGCUGUUGGAUAUGGCACAGAAAAUGGUGUGGAUUACUGGAUUGUAAAGAACUCAUGGGGUGCCAGCUGGGGAGAGGAAGGAUAUAUCAGGAUGGAGCGUGAUCUUGCUACUAGUGCGACAGGGAAGUGUGGAAUUGCUAUGGAGGCCUCUUACCCUAUCAAAAAAGGCCAAAACCCGCCCAACCCUGGCCCGUCUCCUCCCUCUCCAGUAAAGCCCCCAACUGUCUGUGAUAACUACUACGCAUGUCCUGAGAGCAGCACCUGCUGCUGCAUCUUUGAGUAUGCUAAGUAUUGCUUUCAAUGGGGAUGCUGCCCACUUGAGGCUGCCACCUGCUGUGAAGAUCAUGAUAGCUGCUGCCCCCAGGAAUAUCCCGUCUGCAAUGUCCGUGCGGGGACCUGCAUGAUGAGCAAGGACAACCCAUUGGGAGUCAAGGCAUUGAAGCGCACUGCUGCUAAACCUCAUUGGGCCUAUGGGGGUGAUGGCAAGAGAAGCAGUGCUUAAGAGAACUUUGAAGCUUUGUAGCAGUGGAUGACAAGAGGACAGAUGAAUAUAGCACAGCUUGAUGAUCUCCAUGGUUUCAUUAUAUGCAUUCCCCAAUUUCCACCAUUAAAAUUACUGAUUGAUGGGUGGUCUGUCAAUGUGUAUUCAGAUGCUGAUUUGUGUAGAUAGUACUUUAUAAUUAUGUUGUUUAUGAACAAUAGAUUGAUUAUAGUCCGUAUCCAAUUUCCUCUGUAAAUCCAGUCAUCAUUUAGCUACGGCUUUCCUGAUUUGCUCUAGUGAUGCUUGAAGUUCUCCUGAUCCCUGUAGCACCCAUCUUUUCUCUCCCUUCAAAUUAUCUUAUUAUCAGAAGGUUGAUGACCCCCUCAAUACAAUAUUUAGCCAUUGAUUAA